ACAGGACGCCGUUAAUGUCCGGAAACGCCACAUUCUGUGUAUCUCCAUGGAAACACGGGCACUGCUGAACGUUCCGCCUGAAUGUUGUGAUCUGUCAGAGCGACGGACGUAACGCAAGAUUCACGACAAGGAAGCGUUUUGCUGGACAGAUGUGAUCACAGGUUCGAUUCAUCCUUUGAGUAUAGUUGCCCCAUUCACAGCCAUGGCAGAGCAAGACCCAGCUCACCACCACACAUCAGAUUCAGCUUCAUUACCUGCAGCUACAAAUGUAGAGACUAACAACUCCAGAGCGUUGAACCAACCUUUGAGUGAAGAGCCUCGAUCUCCAGGCAUGGCAGAGCAACACACAGAUCACCACCACAUUGCAGAAGGCAAGGGAGAAGAAACUAAGGCCCAAUUGGAUCAAGUGAUUACAAACAAGAGGAGAAGGAUUAAAAUAAAAAAGGCUCAACUCUCACAAGACAGUGAUGCGGCUGGCGAUAGGAUGGCGCCUGCACAUGACGACACAACGCUGAAAGUGGCGGUAAACAGAAACCCAUUUCAGGCUGAUGAAAGAAGUUGUGGUGAUUACAACAGAGAGACACCAGGAAAUGAGCAACUGGCCUCAACAGCUGAGGAGAAGUCCAGAGAACACCCGAUUGGGGAGAAGAAAGAAUCAGAAACGACAACCCCGCCUACUCUAAGUGAAGGAAAGGAUGACCAAGUCGAUGGGCCUAAAGAAGAAAGCUCAGACACCAACAACACACAUCCUGAAGCUGGAGACAAUGAUGAAAGCAUCAAAAAGGAAGUUUUAGCUCACGAAGAAGAAGAAGAGGAUAUCCCGGAGAGAAGAGCCUUUCCACAGUUUCAGGAAAAUGUUGAAACCGUCGGUCCAUCCACUGAAGAGCCUGCUACAGUUCCAGUGGAUAAGGAAAAUACAGGAGGAAUUGGAAUGUACCUCAUAUUAGGUUUCGCGGUGUUAUUGGUCGCCAUCGUUGGACAGCAAUUCUACCAACCUGAGUUGCCGCGUCAGAAAAACGAUGAGCAGCAAAUAGACAUCUUCCUCAGGCAGCUGGGUAAAGUUAAGACUCAGUUCCCUAACCAGCGUGAGGUGCUCUGGAGCCGGAGCAAGAUCCACCUGCUGAGGCACCUCCAGACAGCCCAGCCCACAGAGCCGGUCAGCCUCAUCCUCACCGCGGGUCACGGUGCUGAGCGGACACUGCACUGCCUGGCUCAGAGCCUGGCCACCGCCUUCUCCACUUCCAUCAACGCCUCCGUCCUCCACAUCGACGGAGCCAGCAAAGCCAGCCAGGACAGCGACCAGGUCAAACUGGACAUCGACAGCAAGCUGCAGGGAGCUUUCGAAGGAGACAAACCGGUGGCCGUCAUUAACCGCUUCGAAGAGCUGCCACCAGGCUCCACGCUUAUUUUUUAUCGCUACUGCGACCAUGAGAACGCUGCCUACAAGAAGACUUGUCUGAUCUUCACCGUGCUGCUGGGGGAAGAAGAGGAGAUUCCUGCCGAGGCUCGUUUAAGUGCUGUGGAGGAGAUGGUGGACGACCACCUCCAGAAGAAGUUCCUUUCUGACGGCCGUCCUGUAGCUUUCGACAGGAUGGACCUCGACAAAUACGGUGGACUGUGGAGUCGAAUCUCUCAUCUCAUCCUACCUGUAGCGGCAGAAAGAAGGAUUGAACUUGCAGGGUGCUAAAGGGACAUAAAAAGACACUGUUGAACUUUGAGUCUAGAAACUCAUCUACCACCACGUUUCCCUUAGAGUGAGUCCUUCUGAGGCCAGUAGCAGUGUUUUGAAAACCCAAAUAUUUCUUGCAUAAUUUAUAUUGAAGCUCAACACAGAUGAAAGGAUCACGAGGAAAUAAGACAUUUAUAAUAUUAUGAAGAUAAGGUUAUUCGUUAUUUGUUAAAGGAAUUGGGGUCAAAAUUGUUUGGCAGUAAGGCUGUGGUGCUUUACUCAUAUAGCAAGAUCAAAUGUAGUUAGAUAAAUGAAUUUUAAGAUAAUAAGUCAUUAACUGGGGUACUUGUGGAUUUAACAUAGAACUAUACUUUCUGAUUCACAACACAGGGUUUUUUAUUUUCAAUACAAAUGUCUUUUUCUGCAAUUGUCAAACCUACAUGGCACCACAUGCCUUAACUGAACCUCUUUUUAAAUAUACCUUUACAUGUGUCACACUACAGGAAGACGUGUCUUGAAAUAAGUGCAUAAAUUGAAUGUGCCUUAAAGUGCAAAUAAACAGGUAAUUUUAAAUAGGUCAUUUGUUGUCAUUGUGAUGAUCCAUGUUGCAGCUAGAGGGCGGCAAAACCAGGGCUCAGACUUUGCUGCUGUGAAGCAUCACAUCACUAUGCACCAGGUUACUUUGUAUUUGACCUCGAAAUGUGAUUCAGAACCUUACAUUUUAAGUUGAAUCAUUAAUAAAAAUCAAGAUGAAUCUAAAA